UUAACAAGUGCCGAGCGGUUUAGCAUGGCCGCUGUGCUCAGCUGUUCCGAAGUUCAAUUUAUACUUAGAUAGGCUAUUGAGUGUAAAUACAGUAAGCUGUUUGAUAAAUAGUUAACAGUAGAAUACUCUCAUUUGUAGGAGCUCUGAUAGCUCCUCUAGUGCUUUUCUUAUGAGUCGAAUCUGGAUUUACCUGUUUUCUGCGCUAUGUGCGCUUGUGUCAGGUAUUUAUCAGGUUAAGGGAAUGGAAGUGCUUACAUCUUCAGAGUUGGAGGCAGUCAAUGGGACAAAUGUACGGCUCAAAUGUACAUUUAAAUCUACCCAUCCGCUCUCCGAAGUAAAAACCUCUGUAUCCUGGAGCUUCCAGCCACUCGGAAAGACAACAGCAGAAAUGUUUUUUCACUACCAGGAAAGUGUAUAUCCCCCAACAAACGGCUUGUUUAAGGAUCAUGCUGUAUGGUCUGGUGAUGUAAUGAACGGGGACGGAUCCAUCACGCUGCAGGAUGUGCAGUUCAACUUUAAUGGUACCUACAGCUGCCAAGUCCGAAAUCCGCCCGACAUCCAGGGCUUUGCAAGCGAGAUCAGCCUCAGAGUCGUUCAAAAAGUUUCAUUCUCUGAAAUUGGAAUUCUGGCAAUAGCUGUGGGUGGAUCCAUUGGCUUCAUUCUCCUCAUCCUCAUCAUCUAUAUCAUUGUGCGGGUAUUCCGGAGACAGGACAAUGACAUGGGUGUUGAGAUGGAGGACCACAGAUCAAAGGAUCAAGUGUUGUGAGAGAAGAACGAGUGAUAAAUGAAAUAAUAACAUAUUAUGCCGCAGUAUUCUCUGAAAUAACUCUAUCUAGUAAGUAGAAGCUUACUUUUUUACUUAUGAUAAUUUUACAGAGACAAGUUUUUAAUAAUCAUUACUUUUUCCUUUUUUUUUAAAAACUUUUUUAAUAUAUGCAAACAGAAGGGAAAAGGGUAGUUUUUUAUACAUAAAGUGAGAUCAUCUAACCUUUGUAUUCUUAAAAAGAUAUAAAAUACCAGUUCAAAUAUGUAUAUAAAACCUGACUUCAUGGACUGUC